CCGUCCCACCCGCCACCACGUGUCCAGCAGCGCCGCGCGCUCCGUGCUGCUACAGCCGCAGCCGCAGCCCGGGCCGUUUCAUAAAUGCUCGAUGAAGCGCGGAGAGCGCAGCCGCUACCGCGACGACGACGCCUCCGACCGCGUCCCGGAGUUCGAGUUCGAGUCCGUCGUGUAUGGCGAGCUGCUGGCCGCCAGCAGCGCUGUCGUCGACGGGUGGUUGUGCAGCCUGCUGCUCUCGCCGCUGCCCCCGCUAAGCGGGUGCGGCGUCCCUGGCCUGCCGCCGCUUGGGCUGGCGCUAGUGCUGGUGGUGGUUGCGAUGCCAGUGCCGAUGCCGGGGAUAUUGACCGUGUUGGCGGUCUGGGACGUCGUUCUUGCUGUCGUCGUUCUUGCUGUCGUCGUUCUUGUCGCCGUCGUCGCUGGUGCGGCGGUGGUAGCAGCAGCGCCAUUAUUAUUGAUGAUAUGGUUAUUGCUGGCGUUGUUGUUGUUGUUGUUGUUGUUGUUGUUGUUGUUCCGCCGUAAAUGCAGCUUCACGCGCUGCAGCGCGCGCUUCAUAGUGUGGAUCAGGACGCUCAAGCGGCGCAUGUCGUUGUCCCUGCCGCUGUUGCCGUUGCUGGCUUUGGCUUUGGCUUUGCUUUUACUGUUGUUCUUGCUGUUACUCUUGCUUUUGCUCUUGCGAGAGCUUUUCUGUCGCCGGGGCUUCGUUUGCGUGGGUCUGGGUCGGCGCCGGGGGGUCUGCGCGUGCGGUGCCACGGGAUGCACAUGUCCUUGCGGACCAGCCGGGCAGACGCGUGGGUGGGUUGGGCGGUGCGUGUACGCGUGCGUCGUGUGUAUGAACGAGCGAGUGUGUGAGUGUAUGCGAGCGAGCGUGUAGUGCUUUCGUGCUUUCGCGCGUCCAGUAGCAGUAGCAACAGCAGCUAAGUCCCGUCCGCACGAAGCACGUAGAAGACUCGCGAAGCCGUCAGGCGAAAAAGACAGUCAGGGCGGGAAAGACGACCGGGCGGGCGGGCAGAAGCGCAGAAACGCGGCUUUAUAGCGCGCCGUGUAUUCAUGGCGCCGUGGUUGUGCGCAUAGGUAGAGUACCGUGGUGGUUGUGGCCGCGGUACCUACCUUUGUGCAGGGUGUCGGCGCGGGGGCGCGAACUAUGGUUCGUUACCUUAGGUGCUGCGGGGGGGCGGGCCGGGCCGUCGCUAUGACGUUUUUUUUUUUUUUUUUUUUUUUUUUGUGUGUGUGGGAAGUAGGUGUUUAUAGGUGUUUGAGGUGCUUGGUGAUGGGGUUAGGUUGGGGUUGUGAGGGUGGGAAUGGAGGCGUGGUUGGAUUGGAGGGCGUGGAUGGGAGGAGGGCGGUU